AUGGCGCCGCAGAACAAAUCGGCUUUGGGGAAGCAGGUUUUGACGUUGGUCAACAAGAACCUCAGUCUCCUCCUCCGCCACCACAUCAACACCACCAUCUACACCGCGCUUCUCCUCCCUGUCCUCCUCACCGUCUACAUCGGCAUCGGCCAGCGAUUGAACCAGCCGCAGUCCAAGUAUGGCUUCGCCGACCCUCUCGAGAUCCGGUCUUUCGACGACGCCCUGAAGUCGGCCAGCUCGUGGCACAACGACGUUGUUUUUGUCCACAAUGGCCACACCGGCGGCGAGAUCGAGCGCGUCAUUGACGACUUGCGCUCCCAGGUCGAGGCGGCUGGCAAGACCGCCUAUGUCGAAGAAUCAGAGGGUCGCUUGCGCAGCAUCUGCCGGUCCUCGUUCAAGAUGUCCAGUUCCUGUUACGGCGCCGUUGUCUUCGAGUCCUCCCCCACCGAAGGCGACGGAGGUCGAUGGAGCUACAUCAUGAGGGGUGACGGCGCUCUAGAGCAGGAGUACAAGGUCCAGAAUAACGACAACCCGGCUCAGAUCUACGCCUUGCCCUUCCAGCGAGCUAUCGACACUGCCAUCGUCCGAUCCAAUUCCUCCAACACCAACGACGCUCCCAACCUUGGCAACACCCGCGAAUUCGCCUUUACCUCGAUCGAUGAUAAGGAACGUGAGGCCGAUGGCCGGAGGCGGUACCAGAGGACUCUGAUUGAUGUCCUGGGAGCCAUUUUUGCUCUUGCCCUGAUCGGUACCGCAUACCGCAUGCCCGGUCACAUGGCGACCGAGCGAGAGACUGGUCUGGCCCAGCUGAUUGAUUCCAUGAUGCCCACCAAGUAUGAUUGGGAGGCACAGCUGGCUCGUAUUCUCUCCUGGCUUUAUUCCUAUACCAUUGUCUACCUCCCUGGUUGGAUUGUCGCUGCCGUCAUCUCUGGCGUAAUGGUUUGGUCCAAGACGAACCUGGGUAUUGUCAUCGUGAGUUUUCUUCUGGCAGGACUCGCUCUGACUUCCCAGGCUCUUCUGGGUGGAACGCCCUUCAAGGAGGCCGAGCUGUCAGGUAUUGUCAAUAGUGUCGUCUUCAUGCUCCUUGCUGCCCUCGCUCAGGCCCUACCAAACCCCCCCACGGCAGCCGUUGCUGUCCUGAGCAUCCUCUUCACGCCCUGUAACUUUGUCUUCUUCAUCAAGGCUAUGGCCCGAUUCGAGGCUGAGGGCCAGGGCAUGCAGCUCGUCGGCACACCGCCUGAUAGCAAUUCCUCCAUGCCGGGCUUCCUUACUUGGAUAUUUUUCAUCAUUCAGAUCCUCGUCUAUCCUCUCAUCGCCGCCUUCCUGGAGCGUGUGUUCCACAGCGUUGCCGCUGAUGGCAGGAAGGUUUACCGGGGCGAUGGUGCUGCUCCUGAGCAUGCCGUGCAGAUAAUCGGAAUGACCAAGGCGUACAGUCCUGGCUUCCUCCGACGCUUGUUCUCCUUCAUCUCGAAGCCUCGCCCUGCGACUGUGGCCGUCCGAAACCUGUCCCUGUCUGCCAAGCGCGGCCAGAUCCUCGCCCUUCUGGGUGCCAAUGGCAGUGGUAAAAGUACCACUCUUGAUGCCAUUGCAGGCCUUCAUCGUUUUGAUUCUGGAAGUUUGUCGAUCGAUGCUUCGGGCGGAAUCGGUAUAGCACCCCAAAAGAACGUCUUGUGGGAGGAGAUGACCGUCAUGGAGCACAUCAAGUUCUUCAACAAGCUCAAGUCCCCCUUCGCCCCAGCAUCUGAAGCAGAGCUGAACGACCUGAUUGCCUCUAUCGGCCUCUCUAUGAAGGCUCAUACCAAGUCCAAGCAUCUUUCGGGUGGCCAGAAGCGCAAGUUGCAGCUCGGUCUCAUGUUGACUGGUGGAAGCAGUCUGUGCUGCGUCGACGAGGUUUCAUCUGGCAUUGAUCCCCUCUCUCGCCGCAAAAUCUGGGACAUCCUCCUUGCCGAGCGUGGCAGAAGAACCAUCAUCAUGACGACUCACUUCCUGGACGAGGCUGACUUGCUGGCUGAUAACAUUGCCAUUCUUUCCAAGGGAGAGCUGCGAGCUGAGGGAUCUUCCGCAGCUCUCAAGGACGCUCUUGGCGCAGGUUACCGCGUUCAUGUCUUGAAUGCCAAGCAUGUCCGAAGCCCGCCCUCAAUCCCCGGAGUCGACUGCAAUGUCACUAGCACCAACAUCGUCUAUACUGCUCCUAGCUCUGAGCUGGCUGCCGAGGUGAUUCGUGCUCUUGAAUUCUCCGGACUGGAGUACCGCCUUACGAGCCCUACCAUCGAAGAUGUUUUCCUUCACGUCUCUGAUGAAGUCAAGGCCGAGGAGAACUUGGCUUUGAGCGAUGAACCUUCUUCUCACUCCCGUUCUCAUCGGCCUUCCAACUCCGUCAGCAGCGAUCAUAUGUCGCAAGAGAAGGCAAUGCUUAACCGAGAUGGCUCCCCGCAGCUGCUCUCCGGCAAACCUGCCGGUUUCUUCAAGCAGGUUGCUGUUCUCGUGAACAAACGAUUCACUCUGUUCAAAUCCAACUGGUUCCCGAUCAUCGUCGCAUUCGUUAUCCCCAUUGUUGCGGCUGCUGCGUUGCAGUCGAUGCUCAAAGACAUCAAAGAGGUCAACAGUUGUACCCCAGUGAACGGCAAUACAGGCGAGACAAAGGCGAGGUACGGCGAUUUUGUGACUCACGCCAAUCUCUCGGUCGGUCCAUCGUCUGAAUAUGGUAAUGGAUUCGAUGCCAAUACUGAGUUCAGAGAUAUCCUUCCUGUGAACGGCCAGGGCCAGUCAAACGCGGAUGACAUGCACUUCCUGACGAGCGACACUUUUGACGACCUGCGCAAGCUGGUGGAGGAUUCCAGAGACCAGAUCAACCCCGGUGGCUGGUGGAUUGACACAUCAGGCGACGCUGCGACGGUGAUUUAUCGAGUCAAUUCAGACAACCCGAGUAUGCAGUCCAUGUCCGCCUCCAUCGCUACGCUCAACCUUGUCAAUAACCUGCGAUCUGACGUCCCCAUCUCGGUGACCUUCCUGCCGUUUGAUAGCCCGGGACAGAGUGGCGACUUCGGCAAGCUGCUCCAGGUCGCCAUCUUCUUUACAGUCUUGUCAGGUGUGGCUACUUGUUUCUUCAGUCUGUACCCCAACGUCGAGCGCAGAAUGAAUGUUCGCGGUCUUCAAUACUCUAGCGGCGUUCGGUCCCUUCCUCAGUGGCUGUCUCAUCUUGUGUUUGAUUACUCGUGGUUCAUGGUAGCUUUGAUCGUCGCUGCCAUUAUCUUCGCGGUGUCUUCCAAAGCUUGGUACAAUGUCGGCUACCUGUUCCCCGUCUUUCUCCUGUACGGAAUCUGCGGCAUCCUGCUGUCAUACAUCUUCUCGCUAUUCAUGCAUAACCAGCUGGCCGCUUGGGGCGGCAUGUCGGCCUUCAACGUUGUCGGCUUUGCCAUUUACAUCAUCGCAUGGUUCUACAUUAUUACCUUCUCGCCCGUUGACGUCGUCGACCGCAACGUCUUGAUUGCCCACUACGUGAUCUCCGCCAUCUUCCCCGUGGGCUCUCUCUUCCGCGCCCUCGUUGUCGGCCUCAACUUUAACUCAUCUGCCUGCGACGGCGAUGUGUUAUAUAGCUACCCUGGUCACAUCAAUGCUUUUGGUGCUCCGAUCUUGUACCUCACUAUUCAGGCCAUCCUCCUCUUCUCCAUCCUCUUGUACCAGGACAGCGGGAACAAGCUGCCUUCCUUCAUGACCCCCAAGCCAAAAUCGCAGAUUGUGGACACCGAGACCGCGUACGACUCCCAUCCGGGCAACACUGGGUCAGGCCUGCAAGUCAAGAACCUGACCAAGCGAUUUGGCAACCACACCGCCGUUGACGAUGUCAGCUUCAAUGUCAAGCAUGGCGAGGUGUAUGCCUUGCUGGGCCCCAACGGAGCUGGAAAAUCCACCAUUAUGGGCAUGAUCCGGGGAGACAUCCAGUCUGCUGGGAAGGGCGACGUGUUCAUCGAGGAUGUGUCGGUCCGGGCCCAGCGGGCUCUGGCUCGCUCGAAUCUGGGUGUCUGCCCGCAGUUCGAUGCCAUCGACAACAUGACUGUCAUUGAGCACCUGCGCCACUAUGCUCGCCUGCGUGGAAUUUCCGAUGUCGACCGCCAGGUCAGGGCUGUCCUGCACGCCGUUGGUCUCGAGCGGUUCAAGAACACGAAUGCCCACCACCUGUCUGGCGGUAACAAGCGCAAGCUCUCUCUGGGCAUCGCCCUCACUGGCAACCCCACGGUCAUCAUUCUGGACGAGCCGUCUAGUGGUCUGGAUGCUGCCGCCAAGCGUGUCAUGUGGCGCACUUUGGAGACCAUCGUUCCAGGGCGCUCCAUCCUGCUCACAACGCACAGCAUGGAGGAGGCUGACGCCCUGGCUGGGCGUGCAGGUAUUGUCGCCCAGCGCACGCUGGCGGCCGGUACUGUUGAUUGGCUGCGCGAGCAGUUUGGCGACUCGCUGUACGUCCACCUGGUUCAGAAGACGGCGCCCCAUUCGUCCCCCGAGGAGAUGGAGCGCGUCGAGUCCUGGGUCAAGACGACGUUCCCGAGCGCCAAGCUCGAGAGUGAGACGUACCACGGCCAGAUGCGCUUCUCGGUGCCUGCAUCCGCGGUGAGGGAGCUGGCAGCGGCGCAGGGCACGCGGCAUCCCGGGAACCGUUCAGACGGCAGCCCCAUCGGGCAGCUCAUACUCAUGCUGGAGGAGGCUAAAGAGUAUCUGGGCAUCGAGCAUCACAGCGUCAGCCCUACUACGCUGAGCGAGGUGUUCCUGUCCAUCGUUGGCCAGCACGAUGUGGUGGAGGAGGGUUACUCUGCCAACAACCAGCAGCAGGGCAAGACAAGAUGGGAGAAGACGCGCAAGGUUCUUGUCGGGUUCUAA